GAUUGUGAUUUUAUUGUGAGUGGACGUGUUUGGGAAUUACACUGGUGCAAUAUUCCUGACCAAUGUGACUGUCUUUUAAAUUUAAUAAUGAAAAAGCAAGUGAAAAGAAAGCAACUGAUCCCGAGGAAUAUUCUCGUGGAAUACCAUCCAGAAUUCGAAGCCCUCGUUCUCUUUGGCAAACUUAUUGGGUAUUAUGCAUUGUGGCGGGAGAAGAGUAUUCUCUCCAUUGAGACCAGCAUUCUGGCCAAUCUCUCAGAGAUUCUCAGAAAAUCACAGAAAUGUCUGGUCAGAUACGCAAGAGGAUUUACUCUGGAAGUUUUUCGACAAAUCAAGAUCAUUGAGUUCAUUCAGAAUAUCUCCUUAUCCUCAAUUCGCCGUGACAUCCGUCUCACCCACUUAUUUGCAUCUUCAUGCAUCUCCUCCCUCUCAGCUGAUCAUCUUAGCUUAUCAGACGUGCCACUGACUGAAAUCCAAUCAUUGCUAAGGCAGGAGUCGAUAUUAAAUGGACAAAUAGCGAAAAUGCUGGGAAUUUAUCGAGAAUGGGAUGAAGACAAGCAAAUAGGGGCAGUAUUCAGUCAAUUACUCGGUCACCAGCACUAUGAAUCAUCAUCACUGUGGUUGAAAAUACAACCAAAGGCUGAUAUCUCCAACUGUAAAAGCACAAUUCACUUGGUUCUGGACAAAUAUCUCGAUAACAGGGACGAAUAUCGCCGUAUUCUCGAAUGCAUCUCUAACUUCCCGCUCGAUGAAGUGAUUCAAAUGAUUUAUUCCCUUCCUCCUGCUAUUUUCAGGAGUGAUAUUCUGGAUAUUCUUGUUCCCAGAAUCCUUGAAAAUGGUCCCUGGACAAUUAAAUCUCAAGCACUGAUUCUAAGUGAUUUGAUCCUAAAGGAAGUCAACAAAGGAGACACAACGCAAUAUGACAAUCUCCUGGACCAUCUUUUGACCAAACCUUUGGAUAUCAUUGAAGUUUUUCUAAUGAAUCAAGACUGGGAACUUCUAGAUAGAGUUAUUCCUGCCAUUUUAAGCUACCUUUCUUCAGAAUCCUGCCCUUUUUGCCAUCAGAAUGAUAAUUUUACACAAAACCGAACUACUUUUGCCGAUCAACAUUCUUCCAGUCCUCUGACUAUUGAAUGCCUGGACAAUUUAUUUAUUGUCUAUGCUCUUCAAUCCGUGGACAUUCAAAUUGUCCUUUCUGACUCAUCUCAAUCAUCCACGAGCCUUGAAAAAAUCACCCUGGACUUCGAUAUGCCACAUAAAGCCCCAUCUAAAGAGAACUGGAUCCCUGAUGAAGCUGUUACAGCGUGCAUGGCAUGCAAAUUGACGACCUUUUCAAUGCUGAAGAGACGCCACCAUUGUCGACGUUGUGGCCGAGUUGUCUGCAAAAAUUGCUCCAGCCAGAAACGUCGCAUCCCUGAUAUGUAUCGUAAUCUCAGGGUUCGCGUAUGUGAUGAUUGUGUACGUUGGGAGAAACAGCCAGUAACUGCCACUCCCACAAAAGUACGUCUUCGGUCAGAUGAAGAUGUGUGGAUUUUUUCUGGAGACACAAAUGAAGAUCACAUGCUUCGCGAUCAAUUCACGUACGAGGAUGCUCCAAGUGCAGCUAUCUGCAUAAGCAUUCUAAAUUAUCAUUCUUCAGAUCUCAAUGCAGCCAAAUUCUUGCUCUGGGAAUGUGAUCGCCUUGAAGCUCUACUACGACCCCUUCGACCAGGAUCCAUAAAUCCCGAGAUCGACUACUUGGCAGUCGCCAAGAUGAUGAGAUGCUUAGCAAUUGGAGCAAAGAUACGCGUUGAUCAUCCCGCUUGUGAUGACUUCAAACUCAAAGCCGAUAUCAUCCUAAUGGUAAUUGAUGCAAAAUGCGAAUCACUGCUGCCAGUUGAGCGUCUCACAACACGAGAUAGCCUGAGAAAACUGAAAGACAAUCUUCUAUCAGCUGGAAUUUGGCAGUUAGCACUCGAUAUCUCCGUCAAAUGUGGCUUUGCCAUUGCAGGAGUAAUGCAAGCUUGGGGAAUUGACUGCCUCCGGCAAGGUCAAUAUGCACUAGCCCGUGAGAAGAUGUCUCAUUUCCUUCAGUGCCUAGUACCACCUGCUUUCCUGGACAAAAUAGCUCCUAUGCUGACAAAGAGGGCAAAACUCGAUACAUGGGACAAUUUAGAGAUCAUUGAUCGCUCAAGGAGAUCAUCUUCCGUCCUAUCGGACAUUCUGGCCAUCCUAAGGGGCUCAUCUGACCAAGAAUUUGCCUACAGUGAGAGUAUCUACUAUGUGAUCAUGUAUGGAUCGCAUGAGGAUAUCUUGGGAUUCCUCAUGAAACACGAUAAAUUGCAUACAGCUCUACUGUACACUCUCAGUCAAAAAGUCUGCUACAGCACAUUCAUGGGGAUCAUCUUCCUGCCACAGCUACAGUCAGGCCAAGAAAUGACUGUGCUGAAUAGUAUGAAGAAGAUUGACUCGACACUGUGGCGUUGGGAGACUUUUGUCAAGAAAUUCUGUUGGUAUCUCGAGACUCAACGCAAAUUAGAAUCACUCUACAACAUGCAGAUCCUUAUGAAUGAUCCCAUUAGGGCUUCAAUGACCUGCAUCCAAUUCUACACGACAAAUGCUCAAACCUACACUGAUCUCCAAAACAAUUUGCGUUACUUGAUAACGGCCAAAAUGCACUGCCUCUCAGAGAUGCACAACAUCGAGUAUGGAGAGCCCGUUAAGGAAGUCACCAGAAUAACGAUGGAUCUCGAGUCACUGCGUAAGCAUAUUGAGACUAUAGAGAUGCAAAUAGACAUUACGGAAUUCCUUUCAAGCGCCGAAGAAAAUGGAGAGGAUAUCAUGGAGAAUGUAAAGAAAUUAGGAAGAAAUUGUUCACCUCCAACACUCUUUGGGAAUUCAGCAAAUAUACUGCCUGUUCUUACUCUAGUUUCUGGGAACAGUCUCAGGAGGAAUUUUUCCCUAGUCAAGAAUAUCCUGAAAAUUGUAUCUCCGCCCCUGGAUAAAAUUUACGAUAGCUGUGCCAUAUUUCUGGCGGCUGAAAAUCGUUUCCGUGACAUCAAGGAGAUGAUCAUUUGCGCUAAGGAAGCCAACCACAAUAUCAAUUUCGACAAACUCAUUUUUCUGGCUGUAAAGAGUGCCAGUGUUCUGGAUGAUGUUCACAAGCAGGAUGAUAUCGUGAAUAUAUCUUCCCUGAUUGAACUAGUGACGGACAUUGUGCUGAAAAUCAAGAGUUACACAGCUCUGGGACAACUCAAAACAGCCUAUCUCUUGGCUGUGCAGCACAAAAGACCCCAGGAUCUCCGGAAGAUCGCCCGGAGGGCUCAACUCACCAAACAAACCCAAAUCCGAAGACUGUGCGAAAAAUAUUUCGCAGACAAUAUCCGUACAUAGUGUACGUUUAUACGCUAAUAAGACUAAUAAUAAACCGAAUUUAAUCCAAA